AUGGCUGCUCCCGACUCACCACGUUCAUCGCAGUCUCCUCCGCCUGUGGGCCGCCAAGGUGACUUGGAAUUAGAGCUACUCGGUCUUGCCAAUGCCCUGUAUAACCUAGGAACGACGGUUGUCAAUGACUCGACAAAGGAAAGGGAAAAGGGUGGUGUCAAGCAGGUCGGAUUGAGAGUUAACGAUGUUGUUAAUCACCUUUCAGCCAUCGAUGACAUGGCCCAGGACAUCAGGACCAUGAUUCCAUUGCAGGUCCUGACGGACAUCGACAAUGCUAAGAACCCAAUGCAACUCACCAAAGAACAAAUCGAGAGAGCAGCGACGGAAAAUCAGUUUAUGAAUGCAAAAGUCGCUGCUUUGGCUUCCUACCGCACCAUGCUCAACGAGGCUCUCGCUCAACAUUUCCCUGACCUAGAGGGUCAUAUCAACCCUCGACCCGAACCAAGUGGCUAG